UACACUGGUCAGAAGAAGGGGCUCUUCUAUGAACUAAAAUGCGACUGUAGUUCCCAAUAAAAAGGGCCCCAGUUUACACAAAAUUUCAAAUACAGUGUCUACAAAAACGGGCUUUUCUUUACGUUAAAUUGUGACUACUGUGUCUAGAAAAAGGGGUGCUUAGUUGCGACUACAGUGUGCAGAAAUAUGUGCUCCAUUUUGCUCUUUUAUGAGUACAGUGCAAGGAAAGAGGGACUUUGCGUUGAACUGCGACUACAGAGACGCCACCUAUCUUCCACCAACAUCAAUAUGAUGGAAACAUUAGCCUCUUCUGUCGCUCGGCCUUUUCAGAUCCACCAUAUUAAUUCUGACCAUCAUUCGACAGCUUUCACUGCACUCCGGGACAUGAGAGUGAAAGGUCAGCUAUGUGACGUAACGUUGAAGGUGGGAGAGCUGUCUAUUUCAGCACAUAAAGUGGUCCUUUCAGCCUGUAGUGCCUACUUCCACGCCAUGUUCAACAGCGAAAUGGCUGAGAAACACCUUGCAACAGUAACGCUGCAUGAAAUCGACAGUUGCGCCCUCUCUUCAUUGGUUGAAUUUGCUUAUACGGGUGAGGUAUUGAUAACAGAAGAUAACGUGCAGUCUCUUCUGCCAGCGGCUAGUUUGCUUCAAGUUGCCAGUGUUCGAGAAGCUUGCUGUAGAUUCCUUCUUCGUCAACUACACCCCUCGAACUGUCUUGGAAUCCGAAGUUUCGCUGAUGCUCAUUCUUGCGAAGAACUUCAUCAGAAAUCACAUAAAUAUGCUCUCCAAAACUUUCAAGAAGUUGCCUUGACAGAAGAGUUUCUCCUUCUUCCUUUGACAGAGCUUUUACAGCAUGUUAGGCUUCCACUAAUUAGGAGGGAAUUUCUCCUGAAAAGAGUAGGAGAAGAGCCACUGAUCCAGGAUUGUCCAAAGACUAAAGAUUUGCUGAUUGAAGCAAUGAAGUACCAUCUGAUGCCUGAACAUCGCAGUUGCAUGAUGGGAGUGAGAACAACUUAUCGACGACCAGAAGGACUGAAGCCUUAUUUGUUUGCUAUAGGUGGUGGGUCACUGUUUACCAUUCACAGUGAAUGUGAAUAUUAUAACACUCGUACUGACCGCUGGGCACCACUUCCACCCACCCUACAUCGUAGAUCACGUGCUGGUGUAGCAGGAUUGGAACGUCAAAUUUAUGUAGUUGGUGGGUACGAUGGAACAAAGGAUUUGGCAUCUGCAGAGUGCUUCAGUUCUCUGACGAAUACCUGGCAGCCCAUAUGCAGUAUGGGAUCGAAGAGAAGCUGUCUAGGUAUAUCCUCUUUAAAUGGAUUACUUUAUGUUGGAGGAGGGUAUGAUGGUGCCUCCUGCUUAAAUAGUUUGGAGUGUUAUGACCCCCUGAUUGGAACAUGGUCCUCUAUGGUAGCCAUGGAAACCAGAAGAAGGUACACCCGAUUGGCUGUUUUGGAUGAAUGUCUGUAUGCUAUUGGAGGAUAUGAUGGAGCCAAUUACCUGUCAUCUGUAGAAAGAUUAGAUCCAAGAGAGGGAAAAUGGACUUCAGUCACACCUAUGAUCAACAGACGCAGCAGCUGUGGAGUGGCAGCCUUAAAUGGCUCAAUUUAUGUUAUAGGGGGUAACGAUGGAAGUUUGUGUAUGUGCAGCGUGGAAACCUAUGACCCUCGUAGAACAGCAUGGGAUGCUGUAGCUUCCAUGAAUUCUCGCAGGUAA